GUUUCUACUCCUUUCUUUUGAAUUUCUAUUUUUACCUUCAUUUGCGAGUUGUUGUGUGAAAAUGGUUUAAGUUCUUCGUGUAACUGUGCCAUUGAAUCUUUUAAUUGAAAGGUGCGAAACAGAUGACCCAAUCCUUGUAGUUCACAAAUCUUUGACACAACUCAAAUCAACGUGGCUCCAAUGGUUCCAAUUGCAACUAGCAAUGUUUCAGUUACUCCAGGAGCUGUCUUUAUCACGAGAAAGAACACAUGUUUAUCAAGAUGCAAUGUUUUGCGGAAAUCGAGCAAGCAGUCUUUACCUACCCCAAAAUAUAACCUGCCUCUGUCAACAUCUGCUAAAUUGUUUCCCCAUUUUAGAGUUGGUUGCAUUUUACGACCUAAAUUAAGAGGUUUCAUAGUAUCAGCAACUGAAACUGGUGUAGCAGUGGAAGAAGUAGAAUCAGCUGCUACAGAUGAUGGAUCAGGUGAAGCCUCAAAAGCUUCAUCCGAUGCUUCUAACACAAGUGAAGAAACGUCUGUUCGAUCUAAGCGUACAAGACCUGCUAGGAAAAGUGAGAUGCCCCCUGUGAAGAAUGAAGAUCUUAUUCCGGGUGCAACUUUUACUGGAAAGGUCAGAUCAAUCCAGCCAUUUGGCGCUUUUGUUGAUUUUGGAGCUUUUACAGAUGGGCUUGUGCAUGUUUCUAGGUUGAGUGAUAGUUUUGUAAAGGAUGUCGGAAGCAUUGUAUCCGUUGGACAAGAGGUGACAGUGAGAUUAGUUGAAGCAAACACUGAGACUGGGCGCAUAUCUCUCACCAUGCGUGAAAGUGAUGAUCCUAGUAGGCCUCAGCAACAGAAAGAUGCUCCAACCAGCAGUGACAGACCCCGAACUCCAAGGAAGAACACACAAAGGAACAACCAAAGGAGAGAUGAGGUUAAGAAAGUCUCGAAGUUUGUCAAAGGGCAAGAUCUUGAGGGCACUGUAAAAAAUUUAGCCAGAUCUGGUGCUUUUAUAUCUCUUCCUGAAGGAGAGGAAGGAUUCCUGCCUGCAUCAGAGGAAGCUGAUGAAGCGUUUGGAAUUAUCGACAGUGGCUCUUCACUACAAGUAGGUCAAGAAGUUAGUGUCCGUGUAUUACGCAUUACCAGAGGACAGGUAACUUUGACUAUGAAAAAAGAAGAAGCUGCUUCAGAGUUGGACUCAAAGCUCAACCAGGGUGUUGUCCAUUCGGCGACAAAUCCUUUUGUUUUGGCUUUCCGUAGCAAUGAAGAAAUCUCUUCAUUUUUGGAUGAGAGGGAAAAAGAGGAGGAACUAGCUGAACAAUCAAAGGAAGAUGUAGAGGAAGCAGAUGUGGCGGCUGAUAAGACGGAUGUCUUGCCUGAAACUACAGGCAAAGAGGAAGAAUCAGUCAAUGCUGCAAUUGAUGGUGUUCCUGAAACUCUAGAUGACGAGGAUACAAAACCAAACAUUGAUGAAGAAGCGGAGUCAAUUUCUGAAAAUUUUACUCCUGAAAGAAGCACAUCCACCAUUGGUCAGCAAGCUGAGGCGUCACCUGUUGGAGAUGCUGUGGAACCUGUAGCUGAAACUGGCUCAUCUGAGCAAAUAGCUGAUCAGAUUUCAGCAUCUGAAACUGUGGCUGGCGAGGAGGUCGUGGAGAAACUAAUUGAUGAUGCAGUAUCGAAAAAUGAGGUUGAAACUCAAAUAGCAAGUGUCACAGAAGCUGCCAAAGAAACAGAGGAACCUAGUGGCGAUGAGAAUGGAAGUAUACCAAGCCCAGCUGGACAAUCUGAAGCUCUUUUGGAGAAUAGCAAGGAUGAAGUAAGUCAGGAAGGCGCUGAAGUUGUGGAGAGUAUAGUUGAAAAUACUCCUUCCAUAGAGGACCAAUCAUCUGAUACAUCUGCUCAACAGGAAGAGGUGGCUACCGCUGCUGAGCAAGAUAGAAAUGUUGCGAACUCAAGUGAGCAAAAUGGGACUGCUUCAUCAAAUGAAGCCGCAGUAAAAGCUAUUUCACCUGCUCUUGUGAAACAAUUGCGUGAAGAGACAGGAGCUGGAAUGAUGGACUGCAAGAAUGCUCUUUCAGAAACUGGAGGUGACAUUGUUAAAGCGCAGGAGUAUCUCAGGAAAAAGGGGUUGGCAAGUGCUGAUAAGAAAUCAAGUAGAGCUACAGCUGAAGGUAGAAUUGGCUCAUACAUCCAUGACAGCAGAAUCGGUGUCCUGGUAGAGGUUAACUGCGAGACAGAUUUUGUAUCGCGUGGUGACAUUUUCAAGGAAUUAGUUGAUGACUUAGCCAUGCAAGUGGCUGCAUACCCCCAAGUGCAGUAUCUUGUUCCAGAAGAUGUUCCAGAGGAGAUCAUCAACAAGGAAAGAGAAAUCGAGAUGCAGAAGGAAGAUCUAUUGUCAAAACCUGAGCAGAUCAGAUCCAAGAUCGUUGAUGGGCGGAUAAAUAAGAGGCUUGAAGAACUGGCCUUACUGGAGCAACCUUACAUUAAGAAUGAUAAGUUGGUGGUAAAGGACUGGGUCAAGCAGACAAUUGCAACGAUUGGUGAAAACAUUAAAGUGAAGAGAUUUGUGAGAUACAACCUGGGAGAAGGUCUUGAAAAGAAGAGCCAAGACUUUGCAGCAGAGGUGGCUGCUCAAACAGCAGCUAAACCUGUCGCCUCACCAGGAAAAGAGCAACCUGCUGUUGAAGCCAAGGAGACUACUGUUGAGCCUCCAAAAGCAGCAGUUUCAGCCUCUUUGGUUAAACAGCUGCGAGAAGAAACUGGAGCUGGGAUGAUGGAUUGCAAGAAAGCUCUCUCCGAAACAGGAGGGGAUCUUGAAAAGGCACAAGAAUACCUCCGAAAAAAGGGUCUUUCGACUGCUGAUAAAAAGUCCAGCCGACUUGCUGCUGAGGGGAGGAUUGGUUCAUACAUUCAUGACUCCCGAAUUGGUGUGCUAAUUGAAAUUAAUUGUGAAACCGACUUUGUGGGGAGAAGUGAAACCUUUAAGGAAUUUGUCGAUGAUUUGGCAAUGCAAGUUGCAGCCUGCCCUCAGGUGCAGUUUGUAUCAAUUGAUGAGAUUCCAGAAAGCCUUGUCAACAAGGAAAAGGAGUUGGAAAUGCAGAGAGAAGAUCUUAAGAACAAGCCUGAAAAUAUAAGGGAGAAGAUUGUUGAGGGCAGGGUCUCGAAGAGGCUUGGAGAGCUUGUUCUUUUGGAGCAGCCUUUCAUAAAAGAUGACAGUGUCUUGGUGAAGGAUUUGGUAAAGCAAACUGUUGCCGCCCUUGGAGAGAACAUUAAAGUUAGGAGGUUCGUCCGAUUUACUCUAGGCGAGGAAGCUAAGGAAGCCAAGGAAGGAAUAAUUGAAGAGACAGCUGCUGUAUGAAGUUAACUCUAACUUGGGAUGCUGAAUAUAAGCAGGCAGAAGAUGCAUAGGAAGACUUUCCACUUCUGGAGAUGGAGCAAGUUUACAUCAGUUGAGCUAUUUUUGUAUCCGAGUAUAAUGUAGUCAUACUUGAUGUGCUGUGAGGCGAUUAGUAUUCAUUUUUUUCCCCUCCUUUUUCCUUUUUCUUUUAUAUUUACUGGUUAUGUAACUGUUAUAUUAUCAUCAGAAACUAGGAUCUUUCGGAAGCCAUUUUGAAGCAAGAUGUCAAAUGAGUACCAUUAGAGGCAAUUUAGUGAGUUAAUUUUUUCAGCAUUAAUCUGUUACGUUUGCCUGCUUAA